UGCUCUCCGAGCGGCUUCACCAGCACAAAUUUCCGCUUCCUGCAAAAGACAGCAGACAGGAGCCGACACGGUCUCGCGCGAGGGGGGCUCGCACGGAGCUUCGGCGUCUGCUUUCGGGGACAAACCCUGAAGACAGGGAUGUUUUCUUCACCGCCUGCGCGUGAAUAGCUCGGAACGAACUUUCUUUCGGUGCGUUUAAAAAAAAAGAGGAAGAAGGAGGAGAACCGAGUGAGGAACGACUGAGAAAACACUUCUUCUUCAGCGGGUAGCCACCUCCCCCCUACGGUUGUACUCCGUCUGAAAGCUCCCCCAGUCAGCCUCCAGGAUGUCGGAGCGAGGAGGGCUCCCGCGGACUGGGGGCGUCCCUUCGCCGCACAUGCAGCCCUCCAAGCCGGUCAGUAUCUCCUCCAACCGGCCGGUCCACAUGAACCUGUACGCCACCUGGGAGGUCGACCGCUCGUCACCCAGCUGCGUGCCGAGGCUCUUUAAUCUGACCCUGAAGAAGCUGAUCAUGUUGAAGGAGCUGGACAAGGACCUGACUUCAGUCGUCAUCGCCGUCAAACUGCAGGGGUCCAAGCGUAUCCUGCGCUCCAAUGAGAUCCUGCUGUCCUCUGCAGGUCUGACAGAAACCGACCUGCAGCUCACCUUCUCCCUGCAGUAUCCCCACUUUCUGAAGAGGGACGCCAACAAGCUUCAGAUCAUGCUUCAGAGACGGAAGAGAUACAAGAACCGGACCAUCCUGGGCUACAAGACUCUGGCUCUGGGCCUCAUCAACAUGGCAGAGGUGAUGCAGCACCCCAGCGAGGGCGCUCAGGUUCUGGGGCUCCACAGCCAGCUGAAGGACGCCUCCGUGCCCGUGGCUGAGAUCAGAGUGUACUCCCUGAGCAGUCAGCCCAUCGACCACGAGGGACCCAAGGCCAAGAUGUCUGAUCGUUCUCCUGACAUCGACAACUACUCCGAGGAAGACGAAGAAAGCUACUCAUCAGAACAGGAAGGCAGCGACGACCCUAUUCACGGACAGUAUCUGUAUGAUGAAGACGACGAGGUGAGGAAGAAGAAGCCGAGGCGUAAGCUCCCUUCCAACGCCGCCAUCACCCGACAACCCAACAUCAAGCAGAAGUUUGUGGCCCUGCUGAAGAGGUUUAAAGUCACAGAUGAGGUCGGUUUUGGUCUGGAGCACGUCUCCAGGGAGCAGAUUCAGGAGGUGGAGGAGGACCUGGAUGAGCUCUACGACAGCCUGGAGAUGUACAACCCCAGCGACAGCGGGCCGGAGAUGGAGGAGACCGACAGCAUCCUCAGCACGCCCAAACCCAAGCUUAGGCCGUUCUUCGAGGGGAUGUCUCAGUCCAGCUCUCAGACGGAGUUCGGCAGUCUGAACAGCAGAGGCAGUUUAGGUCGAGAUGCUUUCAGCCCGCAGGGGGAGCAGCCUCUCCUGGAGAAGAUGAAGCCCUCCCGCAGCCGCAACCUGGAUGAGAUCCCAUCUGAGACGGACACACUGGAGUUAACAGAUCAGGAGGUCAUCUCUGACGUUGGCCCCUGCAUCACUGUGUCGGCGGCAGAGAAACCCCGCACCCCCCUGAAGAGCGGCAAGAAUGAAAUCCAGCCCAUGCCGUCACCAAGGCUGGAGGGAGGCCACACCCCCCGGCACAAGCGCAGCAGCAGCACGCCCAUGAAGGAGAGGCAGCUGUCCAAGCCGCUCAGUGAACGCACCAACAGCUCCGACUCGGAGAGGUCUCCGGAUUUGGGGCACAGCACGCCGGCCCUGAGGAAAGCGGUGUACGAUCAGCUCAACCAGAUCCUGCUGUCGGACUCGGCUCUUCCCGAGAGCCUCAUUUUGGUGAACGGCACCGAGUGGCAGGGGCAGUAUGUUGCAGAGCAGCUCCAGGGACAGAGGCAUCCUGUGGUCUGCACGUGCUCCGCAGCGGAAAUCCAGGCGGUGCUGUCCGCAGUGCUGACCCGCAUACAGAAGUUCUGUAACUGUAACUCCUCCAUGCCCAGAGCGGUGAAGGUGGUGGCGGUGGGCGGCCAGAGCUAUCUAGGAGCCAUCCUCCAGUUCUUUGUUACCCAGCUCGCCAACAAGACGUCCGACUGGCUCAACCACAUGCGCUUCCUGGUGGUGCCUUUAGGCUCCCAUCCUGUUGCUAAGCACCUGGGAUCCCUUGACAACCGUUACAGCUCCUCGUUUCUAGAUUCAGGCUGGAGAGAUGCGUUCAGCCGCUCUGAGCCCCCGCAGACAGAUCAGCUGGAUGUCGCAGGAAGGAUCACCCAAUACAUAAGUGGAGCCUCUGUUACUCACCAGCUGCCCAUCGCCGAGGCCAUGCUAACAUGCAAACACAGGACGCGUGACGAAGACUCUUACCAGAAGUUUAUUCCUUUCAUCGGGGUGGUGAAGGUCGGCCUCAUCGAGUCUGGAGGUUCUCCCACAGGAGACUUGGAGGAAGGAGUGGCCGUGAGCUUAGCCGUCCCCUCCACGUCCCCGCCGUCCCACGGCUCUCCCACGGGAAUGAUCAAAGAAGCAGCCACGCCCCCCUCCUCCCCUUCUAUGGGCAGCGUCCUGACAGUUCAAGGGAGCCCCAGCAUGUCCCACGGCGUGGACGCCAUCGGCCUGCAGGUGGACUACUGGCUGGCCUCCCUGGCGGAGAAGAGGCGCGAGGGGGAGCGGCGGGACGUGGGCUGCAAGAACACGCUGAAGAGCGCCUUCCGCUCGCUGCAGGUCAGCAGGCUACCAGGAGGGGGCGGCAGCGACCCACAGGCGCAGGUCAACACCAUGGCGAUGACGGUGGUCACAAAGGAGAAGAACAAAAAAGUUCCUACAAUUUUCCUGGGAAAGAAGCCCAAAGAGAAGGACGUGGACUCAAAGAGUCAGGUCAUCGAAGGCAUCAGCCGCCUCAUCUGCUCCGCCAAGCAGCAACAGACCUUCCUGAAAGUGUCCAUAGACGGAGUGGAGUGGAACGACGUCAAGUUCUUCCAGCUGGCGGCGCAGUGGCCCACUCACGUCAAGUACCUCCCCGUCGGACUGUUCGGCUACAGCAAGCCCCUGUUGUAGGACUGAGCCGUCUCCAGAACCUCCGACCAAAAUGACCGGACCUUCCGCUCUCUCCUGUCUAGACUUUUGCACACGGAUCCCCGCCUGUCAGCGCAACCAUUUUCACCUUUGUCUUGAUUCUCGUUGGAGGAGGAGGAGGAGGAGGAGCAAGGAGGGAUGGAUCACUGUUACUUGUCACUUUAACGCCCCUUGUUUUUGUGUGUCUGUGUGUACGCAGCGAGAAUGCCUACACACAUGAAUGUAUGGAUGUGUUUGGAGGGGUGGGGGGGUCACAGCACAAUUCUAUCAACUGCCAUUUAUGUUUCCGUUUUAAGGAAUGCAUCAGCAUUUAACCGCUAACUGCUUCACGCCUUAAGAGUCUGACUAAGGGCUCAGAGGGCGCCUAUUUCUUUUUUUGUUUUUUUGUUUUUGUACAUCAGCAAGUGCAUGCUCCACCUUAACAGCUACACCACCGACGGGACAAAUAUUCAAACCCCACAGAGCCGGAGCGACUGAACUCAUCAAAGAGGGAGGCCGUGAUGUCAUCAAGACUAAAAUCCAAUCUCUUUAUGUCAUUGUUAAGGGCUUCCAGAGAAGAGUUUAGCAUGUCAAGCGGCUAGAAAACUACAUAUGUGGGGGAAAAAAUAUAAAAUAAUCCAUUUCAACCACAGUUAAAGCUCUUUUUAUUGCAACUAAAUAUGCAACAUGCUUGUAAAAACACUCAAAGGAAGUUUUUUUUUAAUAAUAAAGCACAAACCGGCACAAUCCAUUCACUUUUCUCCCCCCAAAGAAGAGAGUUUUAGCAAUCAAAAUAAACUUCCUUCCGACUUACAAAAAAACAAAAAGUAAAAGUUUCAUUUGGUAUUUGGGUGCAGGCCCGCCUCCUGCUGUCUCACCAACAUGUGAUUAGUGAGUGUGCGACAUGUGUGGUGAAAUAAAUGUGCAGAACUUAAAAAAAAAACAAAAACAAACUAGUUGUAUGUUUUUCUAUGCUGUUUCUUCGACGUCUCUUUUGACUCCGUGGUGACCGAGAUCUCUGGCUACCCAGGCUUCAGCGGUGAUCGGGUUCACUGAACAAACUUCCAUUUUUUCAGUUCUGUAAAUUCCAAAUGAUCAUUUUAUUAAAUAAUAAUAAUACAGUUGCAUUGGAAAAGCUUUGCUUUAUGUCGUCCCCACUUAAGUAUUACAUAAAAGUAUGUUCUUUUUUUUAAUAGUGUUGAGGCUUUUUAUUUGAACUAGUUGCUGUUAGUGUGGGAGGAUAAAGGCGGCGGCAAAAGCGGGUGUGUCUAUGGAUGUUACAGUGUUACAGUUAUGAUCUACAGUUUCUGCUCGCCGUAUCUCCUCGCCAGUUUCCGCUGAUCGAGCACUCAGUCGGAUGCUGCUUUAUUUUUUAUUACAAAUUUGAAUGUAUUGUUUUUUUCAUUUUUACUUCAUACUUUUGGGAGCAAGACACAUCAGUUUAGAGCUUUUUAUAUGUAAACUAGCAAUUUAAAGUAAAAAAUAAACUUUUUUUUUGUUUUUAGCAAUCGUUGAAGAAUGGAAAGAUGGAUCAUUCCUGAAAGUUUCUCCUUGAAAGCACGUUUUUAUUAAAUUAAAAUAGUCUCCAACUUGAAAUAAUUGCGCUUUUAUUUUUAUAAUUAUGUAUUUUUUAUAAUUUUCAUUUAAACCACUCUUAAUCUACUAAAUAUGUGAAGCAAAAACAUGCAACUUUUUUUCUAUUCAAUCCAUGCAAAUAAUUCUUGUUUCCUUAUGUUGAGUUGUGGUCCAUUUUGACCCCAACACAACCUAAGAGUUAAAAGUUCUCUAAUUUUUUUGCAGUAUUGGAGGGUAAAUGGUUGAACUUUAUUGGCUUAAUUGAUUUGUUUACUGCUUUUGUAUUUUUUUAUAUGACAAAUAUAGCAGAUAAAAUAAAAUCCCAGUUUUUUUUUUUUUUUAUCAAAACAAGGAACCCUGUUACACAAACUGACAAAAGUUGACAAAAGGAAUAAAGUUAAAAUAUUAUUUGAAAAUGUUUUUUGUGUUCUUAGAAGCUGACACACCAGAAUUGUAAUCAUGAUGACUUAAAUCUAAAAAAAAAUCCCUUCAAUCUUUUAUUUUUAUUGAAAGAGAGGCUUUUAUUUUGAAGUGGAGACACAGAUUUUAGGAUUAACAGUUUUGAAAUGGUCUAAAAAUGUAAAAGUUGCCACUAUUGUUAGAAACAUCCAUAAAAAUGUUUUUAACUGCUAUGAUUUAAUAUUUCUUAUACAAAUAAUGACGUAUAAAAAAAA